GUCAAUAUGGAUAUACUUUACUUCUUACUAUACUUCAUUAUUAGCAGUUCUCUUAUUAUAUAUCUGUCGCUACGUAAAAUAUACUCAUAUUGGGCAGAGCGCGGUAUUUUACAUGACAAGCCAAAAUUUUUUUCUGGAAAUUUUCAUGAAUUUGGAAAAACGAAAUCGGCUUAUGAAAUAUUGAGGGAGUACUACGAAAAGUACAAGGGCAAAGCUAAAUUUGUCGGAAUAUAUUUUUUAUUACGACGUUCUGUUUUCGUGAUAGAUUUUGAACUCAUGAAAACAUUAUUAAUUAAGGAUUUCGACUAUUUCACAGGUCGUGGUACAUACUAUAAUGAGAAAGAUGAUCCGCUUUCAGCGAAUUUAGUGUUUGUGGAAGGUGAAAAAUGGCGAAAAAGUCGUGCCGAACUUAAUCCGUGUUUUACAUUGGGAAAACUGAAGUUCAUGUUCCCUGCAGCAAUGGAUGUUGCCAAUCAAUUAGUUCAAGUCAUAAAAGAACAACAAUUGUCAACUUCAAAUCAAGACAUCGAAAUUGAAAGUCUGAUUAAUCGCUAUAUAAUAGAUCUUGUUGGAAGUAUUGGAUUCGGUUUAAACUGUAAUAGUCUGAAAAAUCCUAACGCUGAAUUCAAAAAGAUGGUAGAAAGAUCAUUUAAAUUACGUUACCAUUUUGUAAUGUAUUCAUUCAUGUAUGUAUUUCCAAAUUUAUCAAGAAAAUUAGGUAUUAAAUAUUACACCGAUGAUAUUCAAAAAUUUUUUUUACGUAUUGUGAAUGAAACGGUAAAGCAUCGAGAAGAAACCGGAGACCAAAGAAAUGAUUUUAUGAAUUUGUUGAUUGAGUUAAGAAACUCUGAUAAAACUGGGUGUUUAUCCAUACAAGAUAUAACGACUCAUGCAUUUACAUUAUUGACUGCAGGUGUGGAAACAAAUACAGCGGCUAUGAGUUUUUGUCUUUAUGAACUGGCACUAAAUCAGGAUGUGCAGGAUAAGGCCAGAACCGAAAUUAAUGAAGUUCUGACAAGAUAUGAUGGAAAAUUAACUUAUGAGGGAAUGAAUGAACUGAAAUAUUUGCAGCAAGUCUUUUUCGAAAAUUUACGAAAACAUCCAGUUUUUCCAUUUGACAUACGUGUAUGUACAAAAGACUAUGUUGUACCAGGUUCAAAGCAUAUUAUUGAGAAAAAUACUUCAGUUAUUAUUCCCACUGCUGCAAUUCACUAUGAUCCAGAAAUAUAUCCAAAUCCAGAACAAUUUGAUCCAGAACGGUUUUCUGUAGAUGAAGUAAAAAAACGUCAUCCCAUGGCGUUUUUAGGGUUUGGCGAUGGUCCCCGUGUAUGUAUUGGGAAGAAAUUUGCUAUUAUGCAAAUCGUGGUUGGUUUAGUAAUGAUAUUACAGAACUAUCGUAUUUUGCCCACAUCAAAAACUCCUAUUCCUAUGAAAUAUAAGACAACCAAACUUUUCGCUGAAGCCAAAGAUGAAAUCUACUUGAAAUUGGAAGAAAUUUAAAGCAAAUUAUUUAGUUUCCAUAUCAAAAGUAUCGCUUAGUAAUAUUAUUAUUAUUUUAGAUAUAAUGUUUUAUGA